CCAAGGCGGCAGAGGGCUGCGCAGACGAGGGCGGCGCAGCUGUGCCCAGCACCCGCACGCCCCUGGCACGGGGCAAGAUGCUGGCGCUUGGGCGCCGCGGCGCCGACGGCAUCGAGCGCACGCCGCUCAGCACCAAGGCGGCAGCGUUCGUGCCGCUGCUCCGGCCCUCGCCGCCGCCCUGGCCGGCCGAGCCGGCGGCGGCGGACCGCGGCGGCCGGGCGCCCGCGCAGGAGGCACCACGGUGAUGAUGAGGAAUUUGCCGCCAUGCUACACCCGACAAAGGCUGAUCGACCUGCUUGCGCUGCAUGGAUUCUCACAGCACUGUGACUUCCUUUACCUCCCAGUCAAUUUCGAGCUCUCGCAAAACGUCGGGUACGCGUUCCUGAACCUUUCCGGCCAUGCGCACGUGGAGCGCUUCUUCCGCGUCUUCGAGGGCUUCCGCGAGUGGGGGGUGGACUCCCAGCAGGUCUGCACCGUGUGCUGGAGCGAGACGAAGGGCCAAAAGGCGAACAUCGAGCGCUACCGCAACAGCCCCGUGAUGCGGGACGAGGUCCCCGACGAGUUCAAGCCGACGCUGCUCGUGGGCGGGCGCCCGGUCGCGCUGCCGCCGCCGACCAGGCACCUGAAGGGCCUCCGCUCCCGCAAGGGGCAGAAGCUCGCGGGCGCGGGCGCGGCGUCCGCCGUCGCCUUCCAGUGAGCGUCCAGCGUGGCAGGCCCCCCUUCCCCCCUCCUCCUCCUCCUCUUCCCCCCUCCUCCUCCUCCUCCUCCCCCUCCCCCUCCCCCUCCUCCUCCUCCUCCUCCUCCUCCUCAGCCAGUCCGGGUAGUGGAUCAGGCUUCCGGGUGGUUGCGCAGAUCAAAAAAGCGUGGUCGUCCUGUUUCACAGGCACGGGUCGCGUAUGUUUGGUGGGGCGGGCCUCCUCCUC